GAAAUUUUCUAACACAUCGUUAAUUAAAGCGUCGGCUUGAAGAAGACAAAACAGACAUUUGCCGUUGUGUGAGAAGUUGAAGAAUAUUUUUCUUAACUAUAGAAAUGGGGUUUAAAGUCUUAUGCAUUCUCUCGCUUGCCGGCUUCUUUGUGUUUGUUAGCAGCCAGAAUGUAGAAACCAACCGAACACCAGAAGAUGUAAGCAAAAGCGAAACAGUGCGUGAGGAAGGCAUGCGUAUUGUACAGCGUAUCUAUAGUAUCCUAGAUACAAUUAAAAAUAUGGAGAGAAAUAAGAAGAAUGAAGAAAGACGAAAAACCGAAAUUACUGAGUAUAACCCAAAAAGAAGACCUGGUGGUGAUUUCAGUACGCAGGCUUGGAGAAAGAAGCGAAGUACAAUCGGCAAAAACCUGAUGGAAAUUACGUUUGUACAGCGCCUGGACUCGGAAACCAUGGAGUUAAGGAUUGAAGUCAAAGAAUUCUUACAAACAAUUGGACAGUGGUUGCGAAAAGCUUUAAAUAAAUCUCACAUCGAUGUUGGCGAUACCGGUACUCGUGGAUUUUUUGCCGAACUAGCAUCAAAUGAAGAAGUCUUUGUUGAAUAAACAAUUUAAUGAUGUAGCUGUUUAGCUGUUAUUUUUGAAGAUAGUUUAAGCAUAACUAGAACUUUACGACAAUCGGACAUUUAAAAAAAUGCUAUUGUUCUUUUAAAUGCGCAUAUAAUUAGUACUAUGUAACCAUGCUUCAAUUUAUUGACUUUGUCUAGCUUUUUAAUCACUGUUCGAUGUAGAGUAAAUUAUUAAUGAACAUUCUUUCGACUCAAUAAAUCAAAUUAUAUUUGUAAUGUUUCUACCCAUGCUUUAAGUUAUUAUUUAAGUUAUUUAUUAAUAUACAUUCAGCUCAAUAAAUCAAAUUAUAUUUGUAAUGUUUCUACCCUAUUUAUUCAAUUCUAGGCACAAAGGCAUAGAUAAAGAUAUUAAAUUUAUUCAAUACAUUAUCAUAAUAUCUAUUAAUAUAGGAAUUUCUAGUUCACAUAACUGCACUUGAAAUUUUAUAAAAUGUUAUUUUCUAUUUAUGACAAUGAUGAAUACAUCAUAAAAACAUUAUUGAAUUAGUUUAAUACUAAUGAUUAUCCUAUAUAUGUUUAACUAAUAUUUCUCAUCGGUUUUAUAUUUUAUAGUUACCUUUAUUUCUAUAUUUUAGAAAAUACAAGGUAUGCCAAAAAAUCAUUUAUUUUUCGAAGACAAUAGUGUUUUUGUAUCUUGGAUCUAAGUGUAUAUUUGGUCCUCAUCGUUACUCUUUAAUCUUUGCAGACAGUUACAGAAAAUUAAAAGGGCACGCCAUAUUGUUUGUAACGCAGGACGAGGGUGUGUGCUUUCAACACAGUUACACUGUAUAGAAGUUUUUUUUUGGUUUUUUUUUGUUUUUUUUUUUGUAACGAAGCAUAGAAUGUGUAUUAUUGCAUUUGACACAGUGGUUUACACUUUUUAAAAGUUCCGUAAUGUAUUUGUAUUGCAGUUUUCAUUCAGAACGCAAGCUAAAUCUUUAUUUCUGUUAUUAUUAUGACAUUGAAUAACCGAAGGUCUUUAGUUAUUUGAAUAAAAGUUAAAAAGUGGUAUUGAAUAUUAAAUGU